AUGCAACAUAGCCGGCUCCCAACGUUCACCUACAAGAGCCGGCUCCCAACGUUCACCUACAAGAGGCGGCUCCCAACGUUCACCUACAAGAGCCGGCUCCCAACGUUCACCUACAAGAGCCGGCUCCCAACGUUCACCUACAAGAGCCGGCUCCCAACGUUCACCUACAAGAGCCGGCUCCCAACGUUCACCUACAAGAGCCGGCUCCCAACGUUCACCUACAAGAGCCGGCUCCCAACGCUCUUACAGCCGACUCUUCACAAGCUCCAGUACAGAACUAAAUGGGUUCACAAGCUUCAAUACAGAACUAAAUGGGUUCACAAGCUCCAGUACAGAACUAAACGGGUUCACAAGCUCCAGUACAGAAAUAAACGGGUUCACAAGCUCCAGUACAGAACUAAACGGGUUCACAAGCUCCAGUACAGAACUAAACGGGUUCACAAGCUCCAGUACAGAACUAAAUGGGUUCACAAGCUCCAGUACAGAACUAAAUGGAUUCACAAGCUCCAGUGCAGAACUAAACGGGUUCACAAGCUCCAGUGCAGAACUAAAUGGAUUCACAAGCUGCAGUACAGAACUAAACGGGUUCACAAGCUCCAGUACAGAACUAAAUGGGUUCACAAGCUCCAGUACAGAACUAAAUGGGUUCACAAGCUCCAGUACAGAACUAAAUGGAUUCACAAGCUCCAGUACAGAACUAAAUGGAUUCACAAGCUCCAGUGCAGAACUAAAUGGGUUCACAAGCUGCAGUACAGAACUAAACGGGUUCACAAGCUGCAGUACAGAACUAAAUGGGUUCAAAAGCUCCAGUACAGAACUAAAUGGAUUCACAAGCUCCAGUACAGAACUAAAUGGGUUCACAAGCUGCAGUACAGAACUAAAUGGGUUCACAAGCUGCAGUACAGAACUAAACGGGUUCACAAGCUCCAGUACAGAACUAAAUGGGUUCACAAGCUCCAGUACAGAACUAAACGGGUUCACAAGCUCCAGUACAGAACUAAACGGGUUCACAAGCUCCAGUACAGAACUAAACGGGUUCACAAGCUGCAGUACAGAACUAAACGGGUUCACAAGCUGCAGUACAGAACUAAAUGGGUUCACAAGCUGCAGUACAGAACUAAAUGGGUUCACAAGCUGCAGUACAGAACUAAACGGGUUCACAAGCUGCAGUACAGAACUAAAUGGGUUCACAAGCUGCAGUACAGAACUAAAUGGGUUCACAAGCUGCAGUACAGAACUAAACGGGUUCACAAGCUGCAGUACAGAACUAAAUGGGUUCACAAGCUGCAGUACAGAACUAAAUGGGUUCACAAGCUGCAGUACAGAACUAAACGGGCUCACAAGCUCCAGUACAGACCUAAAUGGAUUCACAAGCUCCAGUGCAGAACUAAAUGGGUUCACAAGCUCCAGUACAGAACUAAAUGGGUUCACAAGCUCCUAUACAGAACUAAACGGGUUCACAAGCUCCAAUACAGAACUAAACGGGUUCACAAGCUCCAAUACAGAAGUAAACGGGUUCACAACCUGCAGUACAGAACUAAAUGGGUUCACAAGCUCCAGUACAGAACUAAAUGGGUUCACAAGCUCCAGUACAGAACUAAAUGGGUUCACAAGCUCCAGUACAGAACUAAAUGGGUUCACAAGCUCCAGUACAGAACUAAAUGGGUUCACAAGCUGCAGUACAGAACUAAACGGGUUCACAAGCUCCAGUACAGAACUAAAUGGAUUCACAAGCUCCAGUACAGAACUAAACGGGUUCACAAGCUCCAGUACAGAACUAAACGGGUUCACAAGCUCCAGUACAGAACUAAAUGGGUUCACAAGCUCCAGUACAGAACUAAAUGGAUUCACAAGCUCCAGUACAGAACUAAAUGGGUUCACAAGCUCCAGUGCAGAACUAAAUGGGUUCACAAGCUGCAGUACAGAACUAAAUGGGUUCACAAGCUCCAGUACAGAACUAAAUGGGUUCACAAGCUCCAGUACAGAACUAAAUGGGUUCACAAGCUCCAGUGCAGAACUAAAUGGGUUCACAAGCUCCAGUGCAGUACUAAACGGGUUCACAAGCUCCAGUACAGAACUAAAUGGAUUCACAAGCUCCAGUACAGAACUAAAUGGGUUCACAAGCUGCAGUACAGAACUAAAUGGGUUCACAAGCUCCAGUACAGAACUAAAUGGAUUCACAAGCUCCAGUACAGAACUAAAUGGGUUCACAAGCUCCAGUACAGAACUAAAUGGGUUCACAAGCUCCAGUGCAGAACUAAACGGGUUCACAAGCUCCAGUACAGAAGUAAAUGGAUUCACAAGCUCCAGUACAGAACUAAACGGGUUCACAAGCUCCAGUACAGAACUAAACGGGUUCACAAGCUGCAGUACAGAACUAAAUGGGUUAACAAGCUCCAGUACAGAACUAAACAGGUUCACAAGCUCUAG